AUGGACCCGGUGGCUGGAGACAUGCGUCCCCAAGGCUCUGAACACACGAGCCUUUAGGUUUAUUUAUUUUAUAUCGACGCUUUUGUGAUGUCGAUCCAGCCGCAGGUGGAGGAGCCGGCGGAGGAGCGGAGCGCCUUCUUCAUCGGCGCGGAGCCGGACCCCGUGUCGGCGGCGGAGGAGGAUGAAGAAGAGGAGGAGGAGGAGGAUGAGGAGGAGGACCACCAUCAACUUAUUCUCCAGAAAGCCAACCUGCUGGCGGCGGAGAACAACCUGAAAGAAGCCAUCGACUGGUUCUCCGCGGCCCUGCGCUGCGGGCCCGUGCGAGCCGGGACGCUGAGCACCUUAGUGGACUGCAUCCUCCGGAGCUUCAGGAGGAAAGGAGCCGGGCCGGAGGCUGCUUCCGGUCCGGUCCCCGACCCCGACCCCGACGUGCUGGCGUUCGACUGCCCGAGCUGCCUCGGCUUCCUGGGGGAGCCGCUCACCCUGGCCUGCGGACACUCGUACUGCAAGAGGUGUCUCCAGCGGCGGCUGCUCUCCAGGUGCCGGCUGUGCAGCGAGGAUGUGAGCGGCGAGGAGCGAGCUAACGUGGUCCUGUGCGGACUCCUGGAGAAGUGGUUCCCCUCCGAGGCGAGGAGGGCCAAGGCCCAGGCCGAGGUGGACGAGCUGUGCCGGGGCAAGCGCUUCCAGGAGGCCGCGGUGUUAGCGAGCGAGGUGAUCCAGCGAGAUCCAGAUUCAACAGUGGGGGCACGAUUGUCUCGAGCGGAGGCUUACAUGGCUCUCAAACAGUAUCGUCUGGCUUUGGAGGACACAGAAUUUUGUCAGGAGACCAGCUGUUCUGCUGAAGCUCUGUUUAGAAAAGCCAUGGUGCUGCAUGAGAUGGGCCAAGUGGACGAGUCUCUCCAAGUCUUCCUCCACUGCCUGUCUGUGGACGAGGACUUCCCCGGUGCUAAAAUACAAGUGGAGAAGAUCUUGUGUGAUCUUCUCUCCCCGGCUGAUGAGAACGUCAAGGUUGGUCUGAGGGAGACCACGCACAACACUUUGCCUCAUCUGCGAAGUAAAACCCUCAUGUCUGAUGCUCAAGCUCAGCCACAGAGCCCAGUCCAAAGACUAGACCAGGUCCGCGCUGCCUCUGCACAUCUAGACCACCACAGGGCCCACCAGGAGAAACGCUGGGAAAGUCUGAGCCUGAGCCGAGCUCAAUCACUCCGAGUGCACGGUGACAGCUGUGGUGAAGAGGGUCUGAAGAGAGUUUGUUCCGCUCCUCAGCUCGGGGACCAGGACAAGGGGAGCCUGCUGAAGAGGAAGUUCUCAGUGUCAGACAUUGAACCUCAUUUUGUGGACAGUGGAAGUAGCAAGCAUAAAAAACAAGGUUCCAAACAACUUUCUGCCAAAUCUAAAACCUGCAGAAGUGUUCCUGAGGAUCUGCUGGACCCCAAUGACUUAGAGUGUUCUCUCUGCAUGAGGUUGUUUUACGAGCCUGUGACGACGCCCUGCGGCCACACCUUCUGUAAAAACUGUGUUGAACGCUGCUUGGACCACACACCUCAGUGUCCUCUCUGCAAAGAGAGUUUAAAAGAGUAUCUAGCAGGUAGGAAGUACAUUGUGACAACGGUCCUUGACAAGUCGAUCAAACAGUAUUUGAGUCAGGAGUAUGCAGAGAGAUCCAAGACUCAUCUGGAGGAAGCCAAAGAGCUUUCUGACCUGACCAAGAAUGUGCCUAUCUUUGUGUGCACCAUGGCGUACCCCACCGUGCCUUGUCCCCUGCAUGUCUUUGAGCCACGUUACCGCCUCAUGAUUCGCCGCUGCAUGGAAACGGGCACGCAGCAGUUCGGGAUGUGUAUUAAUGAUCCCCAGAAAGGCUUUGUAGAUCAUGGUUGCAUGCUGAUGAUCAGGAGCGUCCACUUCCUGCCUGACGGGCGAUCAGUAGUAGAUACAAUCGGAGGAAAACGCUUCCGUGUCCUGUCCCGAGGAAUGAAGGAUGGCUACAGCACCGCGGACAUUGAACAUUUGGAAGACAUAAGGGUGGAGGAGAGUGAUGUGCUUAGGAAGCUUGUUGAGCUGCAUGAUGCAGUGUAUGAGCAGGCCCGCGUCUGGUUCCAGAACCUCAAGGUCCACUUCCACAACCAGAUCCUGCAGCACUUUGGACCCAUGCCAGAGCGAGAAGCUGAUAUCCAGGCAACUCCCAACGGUCCAGCCUGCUGCUGGUGGCUGCUGGCCGUCCUGCCCAUCGACCCGCGCUACCAACUCUCUGUCCUCUCCAUGACGAGCCUCAAAGAACGCCUGGUGAAGAUCCAGCACAUCCUGACAUAUCUACAGAGCAUCCCCAACAACUAGGGCUUCCCCUUCUCGCCACCAGAAAAACAUCCUUUGGACUAUUUUACAACCUUUUAAGCAAUCGGAACUUCUACAGCUCAUCUGAUCCCUCAAAACUUUUUGUUUGCGGCUGUAACCCCCUCAUUUUACUCUUAUUUGUAUUAAUCUCACACGAGAUUAAGAGCAAAGCUGAGACAUCCUUGAACUGUGGAACAUUGAUCAGAGAAAUGGCCAAACUACCUCAGGGACACUUUGAAAGGACCCACACCAUUUGUCUGUAAUUGUCAAAAAGAAGUAAAAAAAGAAGUAUAUGAAACCAACUUAACUUAUCUACUCAGUUAUUUUCCUUUGAGGAACCAGGAACAAAAUGAAAUGCUCUGAUAAAAAAUAAAGGAGAGUAGUUUAUCUAAGAAUCACCUGAGUGAAGCUCCGUAAGGGAAAUUACUGAGGUUGAUUCAUCUCUGGUGAGACCAGUAUAAAGGAUGUUUUUUUUUAUUUUGUGUCUUUUACGUUCAUAUGGAGAAGGAAUGAGGUGAAUCUGUGGAACAAAAUCCUAAAUGCUGAGAGUCCAAAAAGUGAUAGCGAGUUUGGAGGAACCAGGGAGAACUUACACAACACAAAGUGAAACUACAGGCUGGUGUAUGUGUCCCAACACAAGAUAAAAGUAUUAUUCAAAAUCU